UUUAGGACCGUCGCUAUUAUUUCCGGUUGAUGUGUCGCUGUAACUUGACAACUCAGAAUAUAAUUGCUGCGAAUCUAUUUGGACGAUUCAGGGAACUAUGAUGCGGGAGAGGGAGGAUGAGGAGACUCUGUUUGACCAGGAGACUCUUCUCAGUACAGGAUCGGUCAAAUUCUCAGGACGGUCAGAUUGGUGCCGCAAGUUCACCAAAACCAUUGUUCUAUCUGGGGCCUUCUUUGCUUUGGGUCUGUGUAUAGCAAUCCCUGGCCCGACUCUCCUUGACCUUGGUGCAAGGGUCAACACUGACACGGAGCACAUGUCACUCAUCUUCACUGCCCGAUCUCUCGGCUACCUCAUCGGCUCCGUCAUUGGGGGCUUUCUGUUUGACCACUUUGACCAGCAGAUCCUGCUGUUCUACUCGCUGUUCUUGACGGCGAUCGCGACGACCGUCGCCCCGUGGUGCGUCUCACUGUCUGCACUGGCUAUCAUGAUCUCAUUCCAAGGCAUCUCCAUGGGCGUGCUGGAUACAGGUGGAAAUGUCUUCUGUAUCAAGAUAUGGGGAAAGAAGAGUGGGCCGUACAUGCAGGUCGUUCACUUCGCGUUCGGCAUGGGGGCCUUUGUGGCGCCACUUCUUGCACGACCAUUCCUCCUCAACCAGGACCUUUUGGCAGCCACGAACCAGACCAUCCCAAACAAUGGACUCUCUUUGUUAACUAAUGGACCUCAUGCAUCGCUGCUUCGGGCUGAGUUUGAGAACCCCCACGAUAGAUAUUUACGAGAUCUGACUGCCAAUCUGAAUGUAUCAGACCAAUCACUAAACAGUUCCACGACGACGAUACCACUCUCUAAUGAAACUUCUGCUUUCAACACCUCUGUAUCCACGACAACCACGCAGGCAACAGAGAAACCGAUGAAACCAAAACAUAUAAUUUCAUCUGAGUUCCAGAAAGACCAUGCAGCAGGUGAGAAUUUGAAAAAUGUGAAUAUAGGGAGUGUUAUCAGAGAUCAAGGUGAUCCACCACCUUUGAUGGAAGAUGAAUCUACAACUCCAAUAGCAGUGACGUCCCAGGGUGUUUCCAAUCUAACAUCUCAUGGAAACAUGUCGGCAAACGGUACAGGUGAAGAUCAAAAUGACACUGAUAUUUCGGGGUUGUCGACAACUAUUUCACCAUCUUCAUCAGCAUCAGCAUCAGAAGCAUCAGACUUGACGAUAUCGCCUGUUAUAACUACCCAAAGCACCACCUCCACCACCACCACCACCACACCUCCACCUACUACUACUACUGCAAGUUCCACUACUACAAGUUCUACUUCUACUACAACCACCACUACUACUACCACUACUCCACCUACCCCUGCUCCAAGUAUUCCAGCAUCUGCAACCGUAAAACCUUCAUCUGUUGCUCCUGCUGAACCCGCUCCCCUCACAACUACUCCCACUGCAGAAACUACAAAUGUAAAUGGUUCACAAACAGAAUCUACGGUAUCUGUGACAACAGAGAAAGCAAAGAAGCCUGCAACAUUAGGCAGCAAAGUCGGUUCAGCCCUGAAGUUGUUAGUUAACAUGUCGAAAAUUCAGUUUGCGUAUUUGAUCAUCGGAGUUCUUCUCAUUUUGAUUGCAUUCAUGUUCCUUGUUUUGUACUGCCAGGAUCGGAACCGCCCUUCCAUUUUCACACGUGACGAAGAGCAUGAUGGUAGCUAUGGGAAGGAGUCCCAAGGCUACCGAAUCACGAUGCUUGUCAUCCUUUUCUUCUUCUUCUUCAUCUACGUCGGCAUGGAGGUCACAUUCGGAGGUCUCUUGUCCACAUUUUCCUAUGAAAAAAUGCAUUGGAAUAAACCGAAGAGUGCUGUUUUGACAUCUAUAUUCUGGGGCUCCCUAGCUGCUGGUAGAGGAUUCGCCAUCUUUAUUGCGCGAUGUUUUAAACCACCCUGCAUGCUUGUAACAGAUCUGGUGCUUUUGAUUAUCGGUUCCGUAAUCUUAUGUUUCGGCAUAGGGAAUAUCCCUUACAACCUGUGGAUCGGAACUCUGAUAAUCGGAUUCGGAAUGUCUUCGAUUUUCCCAACUGGGGUCUCCUGGGCCGAUCAGUACUUCCCUCUAACUGGAAAGUCUACCGCAGUGUUUGUUGUUGGCUCUGCCUUAGGGGAAAUGUUGAUCCCAUUUCUAACAGGCUUGUUGUAUGAGAAGAAAGAGAAGAUGAUGCUGAUGUACAUGAUGCUAGCGCUGGGAAUCUUGCUGGGCGCCAUUUACAUCGUCAUGCAGUGUUUUGCUACAAGGCGCCGCAAGUUUUCAGCAACGGCUCGUAACGGUUUUGUGCCUUUGAAGGAUGACGAAAACAUCUCCAUGGACACACUUGAGCAGAACUUUGAGGGAUCUGGUCUCCUGGAGACGUCCCGACAACGUCCUGCUCGAAAACAUCCCAAACCAGCAAACAUGGAACUCGAGUACAGUCGACUUGUUGAUAUUGACGACUGAUCUGUCAGUCAAGUUGUCGUCAUUUGGAAGUGAUAUAUACCUGUAUAUACAUGUAUACAUAUAUGAGAGAUUUAUGAGAGUGUGGAUGUUGGGAGAGAAUGAAGCUUUGAAUUUUUGUCCUGAGGUAAACUGUAAAAUGUUUUUUAAAUACUCAUGUAUUUGUGCCAUAACUGAUUUUGAAAUUACCUUGUUACUAGUGGUCAUGUUGAAGAAGGCUUUAUUAAAAUCUCAGUUGUUUUCAUGUAUUUGAAAAUGUCUGUCCUUUUGAGAUUUUUUCCCUUUAAGCCAGAUUAGUUUAUUUUUUUGUUUUAUAGAUUUCUUUCUUGGUUGGAAAAAUAUCCCAGGAAUUGGAAAUAUUGUCUCACUGUGAGGCUAUUUUAUCUCCUGAAAAGUUACCACUAAAAGUCUUUUCACUACAUGGCUUAAAAAUUGUCAGUGUCAUGUAAAAUUAUAACUUGCUCUCUCACUUCAAACAUAUGUUAAAAAAACAUUUUUUAAUUCAACCAGCAUCGUUUAUUUCAAAAGUAUUUUUCGCUCUUAACAAACUUUAAGAUGGGCUUGUCUGUAAACAUGACAAUUGAUAAUCUGGCUGGUGAACAAAUAUUGAAAUCUAGAAAAUGAAACAUGCACUUUCUGCACACCUUUCAAAGAUGCACUUUUAUGUAAAUAGUUCACAAAUAUGUGAAAUGUUUUUGGCAUCUGUGCAACAGUUAAUUCCAAAUAUCACUGUUUGUGUUGUCAUUGUACAUGUUGCAUGGUGGAAAUUGACAGUUACGACUGAAUGGACCUCAGUCAUUACAAGCAAACCCUUGAUGCAGAGGUCACAGAUAUUUAAACAUUGACAGUACACAAGUUAUAUGUCUGUGUUUGCCGUUACCAUGGUUACAAUUAGAAAUAUCAAAUGGCUAAAAAAUCAAACAUAUUUUAUCAUACAUCACUCAUAUGUUUUACCAAAAGUGGCGCUGGUGCUUAAUGUGAGAUAAUAUUGUUAUAGUGCUGAUUGAAGACCAUUCACGUCAUGUUACGUUGUGGUACGUCAUGUUAGUUUAUGUACAUUAUGAUGAUAUCAUAAUCAUCAUAAUUAUCUACCCACCAAUUCUUAGGCUAAAUUAGUGCUGAUAUUAAGCAUGUAAAUAAUUGUGUGCAAACUAGUGCUUGACAAAUUGUACAUCCAUGCAAUCAUUUAUAUAGGGCUUAAAAAAAUAAAAGAAUUGGGUCUCAGGCAAUGGUUUUUGAAAAUAUAGUGUGGGCGGGUGGUGUCUUUUUAUCCCUUGCCGGGCCAGAAAUGGCCGAAGGGGGAUUAUGUCGUGGCGCAGUCCGUCCGUCUGUCCGUCCCACAGAGGGUACUAAGCUUGUGAAAUCAAUUCCUCCUACAGUUUCCAGAGAAUAUCCCUGACACUCUACACA